CUGGAACAGCCCGUGUCCUUUUGGAUAUCCGGGUACCUGCCCCAGGUCUUUUGGCACGCCCUGGAGUGGCGCUUUGCCAGCUGUUCUAGUCUGGGAAUGGGAGAGGGGGAGGCUCUGUGCUCUGGUGUGGGGUUAUUUGGCGGAAGUGUUGGGCAUAGAGACUACUAGUGUUCCAAGGUGACAAGUGUUCCUGGCGCAUCUUCUGAUGUAUACACACUGGCGAUCGGUAGAGGGCCUUCCCAGAGUAGAAUCAAGGCAGAGGUACCUGUUCUAUGGCACCAGCUACCCCAAGGCCCAAAAAAGUGGACAGCAGAGCAGCAGUAAUUACUUUUCGCUUGGAUCGAGAGAUACUCAGUGACAUUCGAAGGGAAUUUAAUGAAGAAAAGAAAGAAACCUGUAAAGACCCAUUUAUCUAUGAGGCUGAUGUUCAAGUGCAGUUGAUCAGCAAGGGUCAACCGAACCCUAUUAAAAAUAUUCUAAGUGAAAAUGACUACAUAUUCGUCAUGGAAAAAGUGCCUUUAGAAAAAGAAGAAACAAGUCAUGCUGAAGAACUACAAUCUGAAGAAACUGCUAUUUCUGACUUCUCUGCUGGUGAACAUGCUGGGCCACUCGCUUUACCCCUUGGAAGAGCAAGGCAGUUCAUCGGGCUCUACACAAUGGCUCACAAUCCUAACAUGACCCAUUUGAAGAUUGAGCGGCCAGUCACUGCCCUCCCACCCCUUUGGGUCAGAUGCGACAGCUCGGAUCCCGAGGGCACCUGUUGGCUAGGAGCUGAGCUUGUCACUGCUGGCGACAGCAUUACAGGAGUUGUCUUGUACGCAGUCAGUUGUAAAGCUGAUAAAAAUUAUUCUCCAAGUCUGGAAAACCUAAAAAAUUCACACAAGAAGAGACAUCAUUUGUCUACAGUAACAGCCAAAGGCUUUGCGCAGUAUGAGCUCUUUAAGUCCAGUGUCUUGGAUGACGAUGUCACCCCGUCACACACGGCCAUCACUUUGGAUAUUUCCUGGAGCCCUGUGGAUGAGAUGCUUCAAGUCCCUCCACUCUCUUCAGCUGCCACUCUGAAUAUCAAAGUGGAAUCAGGAGAGCCCAGAGGUUGCCUGAAUCAUCUUCACAGAGAACUGAAAUUCCUCCUUGUUCUGGCCGAUGGCUUGAGGACAGGAGUGACUGAAUGGCUUGAGCCACUGGAAGCAAAAUCUGCUGUUGAACUGGUGCAAGAAUUUCUGAAUGAAUUAAAUAAGCUGGAUGAAUUUGGUGAUUAUACAAGAAAAGACCCAGAGACAGUGAAGCCCGACACUGCUGCAGUUGAUAGGUCCGUCCUUGUCAUGGUGCGGGGUGAUCUUGAUUUUGCUGAACAACUUUGGUGCAAAAUGAGCAGCAGUGUGGUUUCCUAUCAGGACCUGGUGAAGUGUUUCAUGCUGAUCAUGCAGAGCCUCCAGCGAGGUGACAUCCAGCCAUGGCUCCAUAGUGGGAGUAACAGUUUACUAAGCAAGCUCAUUCAUCAGUCUUAUCACGGAACCAUGGACACAGUGUCUCUCAGUGGGAUUAUUCCACUUCAAAUGCUUUUGGAAAUUGGCUUGGACAAAUUGAAAAAAGAUUAUAUCAGUUUUUUCAUAGGUCAGGAGCUUGCAUCUUUGAAUCAUUUGGAAUACUUCAUUUCUCCAUCAGUAGAGAUACAAGAACAGGUUCAUCGUGUUCAGAAACUGCACCACAUUCUAGAGAUCCUAGUCAGUUGCACGCUUUUCAUUAAGCCUCAGCACGAGUUCCUGUUUUCUUUAACACAAUCCUGCAUAAAAUAUUAUAAACAAAAUCCCCUUGAUGAGCAACACAUUUUUCAGCUACCAGUCAGAACAGCUUCUGUAAAAAACUUGUAUCAGAGUGAGAAGCCACAGAAAUGGAAAGUAGAAAUAAAUGGCGGUCAAAAGAAGGUUAAGACUGUUUGGCAGCUGAGUGACAGCUCACCUGUGGACCACCUGAGUCAUCACAAACCUGAUUUUUCUGAUUUAACACUAAAUGGGAGCCUGGAAGAAAAGACGUCCUUUACCACCAUGGUCACCUGCAGCCAGGUGCAUUUCAAGUAAAGGAUGAUGGGGCCCUCACUGCCACGCACAUAUCAAAGAGGAAAAAAGAAAGCUGUUAUCCCAGAGCCUUGCAGCAGACAUGUGUGCGGCGUCCCGUGCAGCAGAAGGACAGGCAGCUGCCCUAGGAUUGGUGCUGGUCUCAGUGCAGGCCCCGUAGCAGGAGCGUGAGCAACAGGGCUGCGAUGAGCACGCAGAGGGUGCAGACCAUAGGCACCACUGUCUCCAAGGCCAGGUGCAUGUGCUCAAGCAGAGUCUGUGCAACAGAAGAGCAGACAGAGAAAGCUGGAGACCUGGCCUCAUCACAGUGACCGACUGUUCUCGUUUUCUGCAGAGGGAACCUUGUAAAUGAAAUGUCCUUAGAAAUUGUGGGCUGGGAGUAGAGCUCUGGUGGAGCCCUUGCCUAGCAGGCAUGAGUCUCUGGGCUCCAUCCUCCUACAAAGACAAUGAUGUGGGAAUUUGGAAAAGAUUUCAGGGACCGGGGAUGGCUGCACUCCACUCUUGUACAGGUGCUGUAAUAAAGUCUGAACGGGCAACAGUACGUAAUGCUUCUUGUGU